AUUUUUGUUUUUGAAAUGGCUAACAGGGACCAGUACCAGUAUGGAGCCUUUCGAGGCUCUUCUCCGCUUAAAAGUCAGUUUGCAUACCGGAAUCACUACAAUCCGGGAUUGCAGUAUGCUACAACUGGGACAACUCAAGCUUCCCGUAGUCUUCCGGUGCUUGUCCAAGCUCCGUCGGAGAAAGGGCUAUCAGGAUUUGCUGUAGAUUUUGCUAUGGGUGGAGUUUCUGCUACUGUGUCCAAAUCUGCUGCAGCUCCAAUUGAGCGCGUGAAGCUGUUGAUCCAAAACCAAAACGAAAUGAUCAAAGCUGGUCGGCUUUCUGAACCCUAUAAAGGAAUAGGAGAUUGUUUUGGCCGAACAAUCAGAGAAGAAGGUUUUCUUUCGUUAUGGAGAGGCAACACGACGAAUAUCAUCCGCUAUUUUCCUACUCAGGCCUUUAAUUUUGCAUUCAAAGAUUACUUUAAAAUGCUUUUCAACUUCAAGAAGGACAGAGAUGGGUACUGGAAGUGGUUCGGUGGUAACUUGGCAUCAGGUGGUGCUGCUGGUGCUUCUUCUCUAUUCCUUACAUAUUCUCUGGAUUACGCAAGAACUCGUCUUACAAAUGACGGCAAAGCUGCAAAGACAGGAGGAGAGAGACAAUUCAAUGGUCUGAUCGAUGUGUACAGGAAGACUCUGAAAUCAGACGGUGUGGCUGGACUUUACCGCGGAUUCAACAUUUCAUGCGUUGGCAUUAUUAUAUAUCGCGGUCUAUAUUUCGGGAUGUAUGAUUCUCUGAAGCCGGUAGUCCUGACAGGAAAGCUUCAGGAUAACUUCAUGGCUAGCUUUGCUCUAGGGUGGGUAGUGACCAACGGUGCUGGCAUGGCCUCGUAUCCGAUUGAUACUAUUCGGAGAAGAAUGAUGAUGACUUCAGGUGAAGCUGUGAAGUAUAAGAAUUCGAUGGAUGCAUUUACUCAAAUCUUGAAGAAUGAAGGGGCUAAAUCACUGUUCAAAGGUGGUGGUGCAAACAUUCUUCGAGCAAUUGCUGGUGCUGGUGUUCUUUCUGGAUACGACAAGCUUCAGGUUCUUGUGUUUGGAAAAGCUUAUGGUUCUGGUGGAGGCUAAUUAAUUACUGAUGAUGAUGAAAAUUUUGCUGUUCAGAUUCAAGAAUUUAUUCUGUUUGUGGUUCUUUAUUCAAUAAAAUUAAGUAAUGUUUUGGAUGAGUUUCUUUUCCCUUCCUUCAUUCUUGUAAUACUAUUGGGUCAAUGUCUUGAAACAGAUUCAAAUGUUUUUUGAUUUUAUCAAUACUAAUCAAAGAUUUUAUUCUUUAUUAA